AUGUCCACCCGUAAGAAAACCAUCCUCAAGGUUAUUAUUUUGGGCGACUCUGGCGUCGGGAAGACGUCUCUGAUGCAGCAGUUCAUUAAUGGCAAGUUCUCGCAGCAGUACAAGGCCACCAUCGGCGCCGACUUCUUGCCCAAGGACCUUGUCAUCGACGAUAAACAAGUGACCAUGCAGAUUUGGGACACCGCUGGCCAAGAGCGGUUUCAGUCUUUGGGAGUCGCUUUCUACCGAGGAUCGGACUGCUGUGUUCUGGUGUACGACGUGACCAACACCAAGUCGUUUGAGAACCUACAAAGCUGGAAAGACGAGUUCCUCAUCCAGGCCAACAUCAAAGACCCGGACAACUUCCCGUUCGUGGUCAUCGGCAACAAGAUCGACGUGGAGGAGAACAAGAGACUUGUGUCGUCCAAGAAAGCGCAGUCGCUGUGUGCCAGCAUGGGAAACCUGCCAUAUUUCGAAACAAGCGCAAAGGAGGCCGUCAACGUGGAGCAGGCGUUCGACGUGGUGGCCAGAAAUGCGCUGCAACAGGAAGAAAGUCUAGAGUUCAGUGACGACUACACAGACGCAGUGAACAUCCAUGUCGACGGAGACAGCUACGGGUCGUGCGGCUGUUAG